CUGUUUGCCUUUAGUGUUCAUUUGGUUCAUUUGGUGAAAGUCAAGGAAAGUCACUGAUUGUUUGUGUUUAUUAACUAAUUGGAACAAUUAACCUAAUCAACCAUGUCUGCCAUAGAUCCACCACUGAGAACUCCUUUCAACGUUUCACCCUUUAUUCGAUUCAGCCGAUGGGCCCUUCUAAUUUCCGGUGUUGCAUGGGGAAUCCAUCGUCAAAAGGUCAAUUCCAAGACUGAAAAUGAUUACAGAGAAUUCAUCGAUAAAAUGAAACCAAUUUGGAUGGAAAAUAAAAAGAGAAUUAAAGCAGAAAUGACAAGAGAGGAACUCGUGGGUCUUGCUGGCGCAAUCAAUAUUCCCGUUCCAGCUGAUUUCGAUAAACAGUAUCCAAGUAGCAAGGAUAAGGCUCCAAUUGAUCCAGAGGUUUUGUCUGAUGUCGCUCUGGCUGCUUACAAGAAAGGAAAGGGACAAGAGAUCCUGAAAAAAGCUGAAUCAGUUAAAUUUUAAAAAGUUAAUCUUUUUUUGUUCACUCGAAGUGUUAGUUUUGUCCGUUCAUUAAGAAUUGUAUAGAAAUUAAUAAAAAGAUAAGAUGAAAAUCAACAUAAUAAUAAAAUGAAAAGAGACACAAUGUAAA